CAUUCUGUGGGCAUCGCUGGAUAGAAAACCUACCCGUCGUCGAGAGGGCUAUUGCAGUAUGGCCAAUGAUCGUGAUGUACGUGGAUGCAGUGACGAAGAAAGAACUUCCAAACCCUAAAACAUCAUCCUAUGACGCUCUUGUAGAGGCACGGAAGGACUAUCUUAUAAUGGCCAAGUUGCACUUCUUCAUGGCUAUCUCCAGGACCUUCACCACCUUUCUAACUACAUAUCAGACAGAUGAGCCUGUGAUGCCAUUCAUCAGCAAAGACCUGGCUGUGCUCAUGAAGAGCCUGCUGAAGAGGUUCAUCAAGGCAGAGAUCCUUAAAGACAUCACUACACUGCAGAUGGUGAGACUCGACACGACUGACAAGAAAACAAGAGUCCACCUAAAGGACGUGGACAUUGGCUUAGGAGCAGAAGCAGUCCUAAAGGAACUCCAGAGUAGCCCCAGCAGCAGUGUAGGAGAGCUCAGUGUGUUGGAGUUUAGAAGAGACUGCAUGGAGUGUUUGACUAACAUUGUCCAGAAAAUGCAAGACAAGAGUCCACUGAAGUACAACACUGUGAGGCAGAUGGCAUGUUUGGACCCAGCAAACAUGUUCUCAGACCCCGACUUGUGCCAGGAAAGAAUGAAACGACUUGUUCAGAGGUUUCUGCAAGACAACCAGCUGUCAGGAGGUGUCUCUGCUGGUAUUUAAGUUUUCAGAAGUCUAGCAAUAUGUACACUGUCACACUUACCUGAAGCUUGUUCAGUCACAGCACAGCACAGUACAGUAGUGAUAUGCUUGUCUAGUUAAGUACAUUUUUUCAUUACAUUGAUUGAUUGUGUUAUUUAUUUUGUGUUAAUCUGUUUUAUGGCAGGUGACAUGAUUGUCCAGCAGUUUGGAAACUUCUUGUCUCUGGAGGCAAAAGCUGAAUCCUUCUCUUCUUUCCAACCUGUGCGGACAAGACUGGAUGUUUUCCUGCAUGGACUCCUCCAUCAGUCCUACCCUGUGCUCUGGACUUUCUGCAAGAAACUUCUGCUCCUGUCUCAUGGUCAAGCGACAGUUGAGAGGGGCUUUUCUGUAAACAAGGAGGUAGAGGCUGAUAACAUGCAGGAGGACACAGUUGUUGCUCAGAGAAUGAUAUGUGACUAUGUUUCUGUCUGUGGUGGGGUUCUCAAAGUUCCUCUGACAAAGGAGCUCCUGGCAGCUGCAGCCUCAGCAAGGUCUCAGUAUCGGCUACACCUGGACCAGGAAAAGAGAAAGAAGGAGAGCAACACAC